UAAUGGGGAACAUGUACGAACGAAUUAGGGUUUAACGUACUUGUAUAGUAUCCUUCACUUGACCUCUUUUCCUUGAUUUUGGGCAAAUACAAAGCUUAAUCAAACCCGAAUCACGAUGAGAAAGCCUGAGUUUGCCAAGCCCACUUCAUCUAAAAUCAAGUUUGAGUCCGAUAGCGAUGAAGAUGAUAAAAAAAACCAAUCUUUAUCGUCCUCUGAAGAUGAAGAUGAUAUAAAGAGGGAGCUUGCUGAUGUUACAUUUGAGGACUUGCAGAAAGCUCGGUGUGACGGGUCACAUACUGUUUAUCAGAAGCCUAAUUCUCAGAAAAGUACUAGUCGGGCUAAUAAGAACAGGCCGAUGGAAGUCACUAGCAAAAAACCUGUUGCGAGAUUUAGAGAAGUUAUUCAAGUUCCUAAGAAGGCUGUGCGUGAUCCCCGGUUUGAGACAUUAUGUGGCGAACUUGAUGUGGACGGGUUCAAGAAAAGAUAUAAUUUUUUGUAUGAGCGUGAACUUCCAGCAGAAAAAGAGGAAUUGAAGAAAUUAAUGAAGAAAACAAAAGAUUCAAAUGCCAUGGAUGAACUGAAAAAUCGGAUGACUUGGGUUGAUAAACAACUAAAGUCCGCCUCAACAAAGAAUACUGAUAAAAAGAUUCUUUCUGAGCAUAAGAAGAAAGAGAGAGAAGCAGCAAAACAAGGGAAGCAGCCAUUCUAUUUGAAAAAAUCUGAAAUUCGAAAGCAGAAGCUUAUAGAGAAAUACAAGGAACUCAAGCAAUCUGGCAAGCUCGAGUCCUUCAUUGAGAAGAGGAGGAAAAAGAAUGCUGCCAAGGAUCACAGAUUUAUGCCAUAUCGACGAUCCAAUGACAGUGAACAACAAACGUAAUAUCAAGAAUACUCUACAGUACAAUCAUUUGCUAGCCAAGAGUUUCUGGGCUGUUUACCAUUUGGGUUUGUUAUAAAUUAUUGAAAUCCUCUGUAGCAAGAAAUAUUAGCUAGCCAAUGUAAUUGGAGAUAUUUUUCCAUAUAUAUACUCUUCGAAGUUGUGCUCGA